UUAGUGUUGCUUCCAACUCUAGAAUUCUAUGAUUCCAUUAUUCUAUCCCAAGGGUCAACUAGCCCAACCCCCUCCUGGGUGCAGGAAAUAUACAUCUAAAGUGUAUUACUGACAACUCUGAUAUAUAAAAUACAGGUUAUGAGAAUACACCUUAUGAGAUAUUCUAAACAUUGCUAUAGAAGAUUGCAUUAAUGCAGUUUGGAAAGUGACAAAAGUCUAUGGGAAUCAUAUCAUAGCUUGAGCACAAGGUGGUGCUAUGACACAACACAGAACAAAUAAUCAAGGAGCAGCAAUUGCUGUCUGACGUCUGUAACCACCAGACAAAGGAAUCUCAACGAGAAAGGAAGCAGAUCACCAUUACAAGCAAAUCUAUAGAAAUUUUGUGUGGAAAUAGGCACCAUAUCCAUUUCUAGAUUUUAAUAUAAGAAAGUAUACCUUGCAAACUUACAAUGGACAAUCAACUUUGGCAGUUGUCUUAGAAAGAAUCAUCACAUGUUUCAGAUCUGAGUAGAGGAGAGGCUGCGAAUAUGGAAAUAAAUCACAACAGCAGGCAAGUGGUGUCUUUUUUUCUAUAUCUCUGUGCAUGUGCAGCAAUGUGUGAGUCUUUUCGCUAUUCAGUGGCAGAGGAGGAGAAAAGUGGGUCUCUGGUAGCGAAUGUGCUAAAAGAUUUGAGAGUGGAUGCAAAGGAGCUGUCUGCUCGGAGAGCCCGGCUGGUUUCUAAGAGCUCCAAGGAGUAUUUCCAGCUGGAUCCACAUUCUGGGGAUUUGAUAUUGAAGGACAAAAUAGAUCGAGAAUCCCUGUGUGGCCAGAAUGAUCCUUGUCUUCUACUCUCUGAAAUCUUGCUGGAAAAUCCAUUGCAGCUGCAUAGAAUUGAACUUCAGAUAGAGGAUGUGAAUGAUAAUUCCCCCACAUUUUCCACAAAUCAAAUCCUCUUUCAAAUAUCAGAGCACAUUCCAACAAAUACACGAUUCCCUUUGGAGACAGCUCAGGAUUCAGACAAAGGAGAAAAUGCUAUCCAGAGCUACAACCUUAGUCCUAAUGAACAUUUUAGGCUGGAUGUGCAAAGUCAAAGUGAUGGUAGCAAAUAUGCAGAACUGGUGUUAGAAAAACCGUUAGACCGUGAGGUGAAUCCACAGAUUUCCCUUAUUCUCUCAGCCAUUGAUGGAGGGAUGCCCAAAAGGACUGGAACAGUGCAAAUUAUUAUUGAUGUUCUGGAUGCCAAUGACAAUGUGCCUCAGUUUGACCAAUCUGUGUACAAAGUGAGACUAAUGGAAAACAGCCCAUUGGAUACACUGGUCGCAAAAGUUGAAGCCACUGACAAGGAUAUCGGUGCCAAUGGUCUCAUCACUUACUCAUUCAGCCAAAUGCCAGAAAAGGUGCUGAGAUUGUUCAAGUUAAAUAAACACACUGGAGAACUUAUUCUCAAAGGAACGCUUGAUUAUGAGGAAAUUAGUAAGUAUGAGAUGCACAUCAAAGCCACAGAUGGAGGGGGACUUUCUGCUUACUGCAAAGUCUUUGUAGAGAUUGAGGAUGAGAACGACAAUGCUCCAGAAAUUACAAUCACAUCCAUCAUCAGUCCCUUACCCGAGGACUCUCCCUCCGACACAGUGGUGGCCCUGUUCAGUGUCACAGACAUGGAUUCUGGAGACAGUGGCAGAACUGCCUGCACCACUGAAGUAAACCUGCCAUUUGUGCUCAAACCCAUAGAGAACAACUAUUACCAGUUGGUGACCCAACAGCCACUAGACAGAGAAAAAGUCAGUGAAUAUAACAUUACUAUCACAGCCACAGACCAAGGCUCUCCGAGACUCACUUCCACAAGAAUACUUCAUGUUCAAAUCUCAGAUGUCAAUGACAACCCUCCAAUGUUUAAAAAGCCAUUCUAUGAAAUGCAGCUAAGAGAAAACAAUAUUCCUGGUCUUCUGAUCGGUUUCAUCCAUGCUGUUGAUCUGGACACAGCGCAGAAUGCCAAAGUGACCUACUCGCUUUUGCCUGGGAAGGUCAAUGAUGGCCCCACUUCCUCUUACAUCUCCAUCAACUCUGAAACGGGGAACCUGUAUGCCAUUCGGUCUCUGGAUUAUGAGGAGGUAAAAGACUUCCAUGUGACAGUGAGAGCUGUGGAUUCAGGUUCCCCUCCACUGAGCUCAGAAGUUACAAUCCGCGUUCAGGUUGUGGAUGAAAAUGACAAUGCCCCCUUCAUCCUCUACCCUCUCCAGAAUGGCACUUCCCCCUCGAAUGACCUGGUUCCCCGAGGGGCAGAGACUGGCUACCUGGUCACCAAGGUGGUGGCUGUGGACAGGGAUUCUGCUCAGAACUCUUGGCUUUCCUAUCAGCUGCUGAAGGCCACAGAACCGGGUCUGUUCACGGUGGGGGCCCAGAAUGGAGAAGUGACCACCCUGAGGCCAGUCAGUAACCGAGACAGCUUCAAGCAGAAUCUGGUUGUGGUCGUCCGAGACAACGGCCAUCCUCCCCAGUCCACCUCUGCCACGCUCAGAAUCCUUCUAGUGGACGGCUUCUCUGACCCUUAUCUGAAAAGUGUGGCUCUCCCAAAGGAGGAAACAGCGGAGGAGGAAGACCCCAACCUGACUAUGUAUUUGAUCAUCUGCUUGGCUGCCAUCUCAAGCAUCUUUCUCAUUUCUGUAGUGGCGUUUGUUGUAAUCAAGUUGCAGAAACGUGAAAAGUUCAUAGGAACCUACAACUCUGCAGCCAAUUUCCCAGUGGGACCAGAUUCCCAGGAGAUCUCUGCGGAUCCUGGUGCUGGAUCUCUAUCUCAGGCUUACAACUAUGAGGUGUGCUUAGCUGGUGGGUCUCUGAACAGCGAGUUCCGGUUUCUCAGGCCCCUAUUUCCUGUUUUCUCUGUGGAGCCUCCUAACACUCAGGUGAAUCCAAGGGGUUCCAAUGAUUCUGAAGGAGUCCCAAGUCAUGCAGGUGAAAGUCAACAUAUUAUCCAGGUGAGAGUACCAUUUGAAUCCAUUUUGUAUGGUUUCAUUUCAAACUGCUCUUUUCUUGAUGCAUAUUAUCCUUUGUUUCUUCCAGAAACCAUGGGAGACUGCUUCAGGAGAAAACAAGGUCUGUAUCUUUUCCUUUUCCUUUGUCUUCGUGGAGCAUUGUGUGUUUCAAGUCAUUAUUCUGUCCCCGAAGAAAAGAAAACUGGGUCUUUGGUGGCUAAUGUGCUGCAGGAUUUGAAACUGGGAACAGGGGAGCUCUCUGCUCGCAGAGCCCAGCUAGUGUCCAAAAGCGCUAGGCAAUAUUUCCACCUUGAUACUCACUCUGGUGAUCUGUUGAUAAGUGAAAAAAUAGACCGAGAAGCUUUAUGUGGCCAGACUGAUCCUUGCUUACUUCUCUCACAAAUCGUGUUGGAAAACCCAUUAGUGCUCUACAGUAUUGUAGUCAAGAUAGAAGAUGUGAAUGACAAUGUUCCCAAAUUUUCUACAAAGGAAUUUGAUCUGAAAAUUCCUGAAAAUGUCUCUCCAAAUACACAUUUCCCUUUGGAAUCUGCCCAAGAUGAGGACCUAGGGAUGAAUAACAUCCAAAACUACGCACUCAGUCACAAUCAGCAUUUCCACCUCGAUGUUAAAAGUGAUGAGGAUGGAAACAAGCAUGUGGAUCUUGUCCUAGAGAAACCUCUGGACAGGGAGAAGGACCCACACUUUGGACUGACUCUCACAGCCUUGGAUGGAGGGGAGCCACAAAGAACAGCCACAGUUAAAAUAAAUAUUGAUGUUCUGGAUAUCAAUGAUAAUUCCCCACAGUUUACUCACCCUGAAUAUAAAGCUAGGUUAAAGGAAAACAGCCCACAAGGCACCCUGGUCUCUAAAGUGGAAGCUACGGAUUUGGAUUUUGGUUCGAAUGCACAGAUCACCUACUCAUUCCACCGGGUACCUGAAAAAAUACACCGUUUAUUCCACUUAAAUGAUCUCACUGGGGAAAUAACUGUUUUUGGAGAAAUCGAUUAUGAAAAAGAAACCAGCUUCAGCAUGAGCAUCAGAGCAACAGAUGGAGGAGAUCUUUCAGGUCACUGCAAGGUCCUGGUAGAGAUUGAAGACGUGAAUGACAAUGUUCCUGAAGUGUCCAUCAUAUCCAUCACUACUCCUUUGGCAGAAGAUUCUCCCCUGGAGACACUUGUGGCUCUCUUCAGUGUCUCCGACCGAGACUCCGGAGACAACGGCAGAACUGUGUGCUCUGUGGAAGUAAACCUUCCCUUUGUCUUAAAACCCACGAUGGAUAACUAUUACCAACUUCUGGUCCAAAGCUCCCUGGACAGAGAGAAAGUCUCAGAGUAUAAUAUCACCAUCACAGCCAUUGACCAGGGCUCCCCCAGGCUCACUUCCACAAGAAUGAUUAACGUUCAGAUCUCAGAUGUCAAUGACAACCCUCCAGUAUUUGAAAAGUCUUCAUGGGAAAUGCAGAUACGGGAAAACAAUAUUCCAGGAUUGCUCAUUGGCUCAGUCCGUGCUGCUGAUCUGGACACUGAGAAGAAUGCCAAGAUCACCUACUCCCUUUUGCCUGGGAAGGUCACUGAUGGCCUUGUGGCCUCUUACAUCUCAGUCAACUCUGAAAGCGGAAAUCUGUAUGUCCUCCGAUCUCUGGAUUAUGAGCAGAUCAAAGAUUUCAAAGUGACAGUGAGGGCUACAGAUGGAGGAUCUCCUCCCCUCAGCUCAGAAGUUACUGUCCGAAUCAUAAUCAUAGAUGAAAACGACAACGCUCCCUUCUUCCUCUACCCUCUUCAGAACAGCACAUCCCCCUGCAAUGAGCUGGUCCCCAAGUCGGUGGAGUCUGGCUACCUGGUCACCAAGGUGGUGGCUGUGGACGGAGAUUCUGGCCAGAACUCGUGGCUUUCCUAUGAGCUGCUGAAGGCCACAGACCCUGGUCUUUUCAGCAUAGGAGCCCAGAAUGGGGAAGUGAGAACCAGGAGAGCCCUGACCGAGCGAGACACCAGCAAGCAGAGACUCAUGAUAGUGGUCAGGGACAACGGGCUCCCUCCCCAGAGCAGCACUGCAAUGCUCCAUGUCCUUCCCGUGGGUGGCUUUUCGGAUCCUUAUAUGAAGGCUGUGGAGAUUAGUAAAGACCAACAUGAAGAAGAUGGGAGCUUGACCUUGUAUUUGGUGAUCUGCCUGGCUGCAGUCUCCUUUGUGUUCCUCGUUUGCAUUGUUUCCUUUGCUGCCAUCAAGAUCUGCAGGAGGGAUCCCAGGGAAAGUUUUAUCGCUGCCCCUCCUCACUUCCCACCUGCCAGACCAGACAUCCCAGAGAACUGUGGGGAUUCUCAGAGUGGGUCGCUUUCCAGGAGUUACCACUACGAUGUUUGCUUAACCGGUGGGUCCUUAAGCAGCGACUUCAGGUUCCUCAGGCCCCUCAUUCCUGUUUUUUCUGUGGGGGACCCAAACCUCAAUGUGAACCAGACCCCUCCUUCUGCUUCCCAAGAUACUCCUGAUGCUUUGGAGAGCAGAAAGCCAAUGGAACAGGCUAGAGCAUCUCUCUCUGAAGACUCUGCUCCCAGAUCUGGAGCCCCGGGUUGCACUGUUAAUCAGGCAACUGGGGCAAAUAUGAACUGUGGUCAAAAUGACUGGCUUACCUAUCAAUAGAUGAGGACGACCAACUCCAUCCAUCAUUCUUUCUCUGAAGACAAAUAACCAAAUGAUCAAGUCUCAUGGAAGAAACUUGACCCCUGGCCUGAAAAAAAAAUGGGUCCUCUGCCUAAAAGAGAAAGAUACCAGGAAACUCUUGUGCAAGCAAAAUAGAAAGCAACAGAAAUGCUCUUGUGCUGUUCUCAUUCAUUUCGAUGGAGCUUAUGUAGGAGAAUGUGUAGCUGGAUUGUCCACAUACAUUGACCUAGUAGACAAUUAUAUUUAUGCUUUGUAGGAUUUUACAAUAGCCCACUGCUCUUUUGAUCUAGCUUGUUAAAGAAAUGUAGGUGACUUUGUUGCAUGCUCAUUGUUGUGAUUAUUCCUUAGUUUAUUUUUAUGCUAGCUUUGCUGCUUUCCUUCAAAUAUUUUCAAUUCUGUUUGCUGGUUGUAAUGCAGCUGUUACUAGUAUCCAGUAGCUUCAUUUGAAGACCUAGAGAAACACAUGAAUGAGUAUAAUCAGUAAGGGGGGAAAAGCCUGGACAUAGUCCACUGGGACAUUGAAAGGAAUGGGAGCUUUGUAAGAGAAUAUUUCUCCCAUUUAUUUCAGUGAAGCUUGCACAUGGGACUUCCAUUUCUCAGUGGAUCUACACUUUAUUUUCUAGUCAUAGUUACACUGUGUGUGCACUUUCCUGUCUAAAUGCUCAAUUCUACCGUUUCCUGUAGUUGUAUUUGUGUUAGCAACUUCUCUUUCAUUGGCCUAGUUUGCACAUAACACUAAACCAGGAUUCCUCAAACUUGGCCCUCCAGAUGUUUUUGGCCUACAAUUCCCAUGACCCCUAGCUAGCAGGACCAGUGGUCAGGGAUGAUGGGAAAUGUAGUCUCAAAACAUCUGGAGGGCCGAGUUUGAGGAAGCCUGCACUAAACUAAAUCAAGAUGGUCAGAUGAUUAUUAUAUCACAGAACAGUUAAAAGCACAAGCAAGAGCAGCCGAGCCUAGAGAACAGUUUGAAGUUUUUGCCACGCGUCACCUGCAGCUCUGUAGCUUUUGGGGGAGGUCCAGGCUGGCCUGUAGCACUUACACUGUGGUUAAUACUAAGAUUUAUAAACCAGCUACAAAUUUUGGUUAAUGAACCAUAGUUAAACUAUUGAGUUGGGUUCACACAUAACAGUCAGCUGCAGUUUAAUGAACCAUAAAUUAAUAAACCAUAGCCUAGUGUUCUGUGCAAACCAGGCUGUUGUGUCCACAUACACACACUGCAUGUGUGCACACACAUACAUGCACAAAUAUUUUCUCUGAAAUUUAACUAUUCCUGUUUUCCUACAAUUUACCCACAAUCUGCGACCAGUGUUAGAAACUGAGAUAUGAAAGCUAGGAGCUAAAAGGCACCUUAAACCUAGGUUAUGGGUGCAACAAUGAAAUGUCUAGGCAUGCUUUUUUAUAGGAAGAAUAUAAAACUGAAAAUGAAUGAACUGCAGCUGAAAUAUUAUGUUCAUUUUUCACAUGGUCUAGUCCUUCCCCUGCCCACCCCCCUAAUAUUCUUAAGAGGGUCUCUUCUCCAGUCUUCAGAGAGUAGCUGGAAGUGGGGAGGCAGAAAAGGGUUCUCUUUUCCUUCCACUCUGCAGUUUUAAUCUGAAAUCUUAGUCACAGAACUGCGCCCAGAGCUCAGAAACUGCUUGUGCUAAUGAAAUUCCCUGUCGCAAAAUACGCCUAGAACAAUGGGAGUUUCGAACACUGUCUGCACCUGAUGCUGAGAAUUUUUUUUGCCAGCUAAUCAGCAAUGGAAGAAUGAAGCAAUGGAAGAAUGAAGCAUACUGUAUUUGAAAUGCUGUAUUUAACCUAUGCUAAAUCACAUUUUUUAAAGCUGGCCUUUAAUGUUGGUUUAUUUAUGGUGUUUGGAACUAUUCCUGUGGUAACUAGAUGGACUUAACACCAAAUUGAUUCCAAUCUCCAAUCUCUACAGUGACAGGGACAGUUUAGUGUUAAACCCAGAUGUCAGCCUAUGGUAAACUGCUACUGUAAACACUCUAAAAAAGGAAUUAUAGACUAUAUUAUAACAGUGUGGUUUCACAGUUAUGUGGUUGUGUAGUUGUGCAGUUUGGAAUAGAAUUUUCAGUAAACCUUUGUGUUUUGGGAAUUGUAUUAUAUUCUUACAAGGACAAAAAUUCACAAUAGUAAAGCAUUUUGAAGUCUGUGGAUGAAAGGAAGUGGCAAGUAGUAUUAUAGUGAAACAGGAGGUUAGAUAGGAAAGAGUGCAAUUUAUAUACAACUGGAAUCAGCAGGGAAACAUGCUAGUUUUAAGAUACAGAAUGCACAUAUUUCUAUUUAUGCACUGUUAAUGUCAUCUUUUUGUUACGAGAAGAUUAAAAAAAGAUGCUGUGUACUUUUACAUAUUGUUUGCUAGAUUUGAGUAUCAUUUUUGUAUGUUCAUACAAUAAUAAAACCACUUUCUAAAAAUUAUGGAUGGAAAUGCUUUGUCAAACAGGAUCCCUGGGGUGGGGCAGCAAGCAUCAGCGAGGCAGAUGCCAAGGCCGCAAACCCCAGCCUGUUUUACAGACCUGGCAUGGGCCAGAGGGACGAAAUUCUCCUGAUCUGCUUUACCAACCUAUUGUGGUUGUAAUACUUUGGAGACAUUUCCUUAUAAGAAACAUUGGGAGAGGAGUUUAGAGGA